UGAAGAGCGGAUGAGUUGAGUCGACCGCGUUUUGCGAGUGUCGGCUUGACUGCAGUGAAACAACGACAUCGUUUUAUGUUUCAUAAACACGAUAUGAGCGUCCAGCAAAUGUACUUCUCAAAAUGCUGUUACAUUUGUAGCUAUUACUAUUAGCUGACUUACAUUGCUGACUUCUCUGUUUUGUUGCUGAGUUCCCAAACAAGGAAGCUUCAUCCGUGACAGUUAAAUUCAAGCAGUUGUCAGUCAUCGGAUCCAGAAUUUAACCGGGUGAGCAUCUGGAUCAUGUCAGAUUUAUGUUGGUAAUGCCAAUAUUGUCCUCAAUGUCUCGUAGUUGGCAAACCAGCAGGAAGAUACCUUAUUUAGUGACGCUUCUUGACUGUAAAUUAGCUGAGUAGCCAGAGGUAGCUAAAUUAGAUAGCUAGCAAAUUAGCUCGGGUGAUCCAAACUGCAAUGACAAUCCAGCUACUGUAAUUUCUCUAGCAGCACUGCCAGCAUAUAAUGUGUUUUCUCUGUAAUUAUUUUCAGAAGAUUGGAGUCUUGUAUUUAUUUGUAAGUGAGUAGCUCACCAUGAUCAUAAUCACUUAUACAAUGUUUUGAUGGUGCUAUUUUUAUAUUUGUUACAGCUCUUUUACUGGUCAUUUUGUUACAGAUGGAUCAAAUGUUAUUAUACACAUAUUAGCCUAAUACAAAUAAACCAUACCAUAUUGUCAUAGGCUAAAUGCACAAAGGGUACUUUCUAUAUUGGUGACACGCAUGACAAUGACAUGUACUUUGAGCCUGAGGCAAUAGCAUUGCAAUCUUGAUGGACAUAGGUCAAUGAAGAGACUAAAAAAGAGUGGUCGCUCUUAUUAUUCCCCUGCACAAGAAAUGGUGAAUGCAAAAACGGUCUACUUUCACAGUGACAAAAUACAAACUUCCGACAGUUACCCCUAUAAAUUGCAGAAACACCCUACUAAGCAUUGAAAGGGGCUUGUAUGUGGAGUCUCCAUCAUUUCAACCUGGUGAUGUGCUGCCUAUGAUCCGUGCUCUUAUCCAAAAAAUGGAGGCAGGUAAUUGCCCUGCUGGAAAUGAGGAGAAACAAACCGUUUCCUCACCUUCAGCUCAACAGGAGAACACUGUAUUUCAGUUCUCUAGAGCUGCUUCCAAGGCUUCUUACCCUGAAUCAGAAGACCUGGACUCCUUUAACCUGAUAGAGCCCCCUCCUCUGGAAUGGAGGUCAGACGACUCUAGUGAAGCAGGUUCAGUGGAAGAGAUGGACGACCCUAGCUUCCCUCCCUCGGUCCCUGUGGACAGUUCAGAGGACGGAUUAAGUGAGUUCCUACCUCCCUUGUACACCAGUGACACUGCAGCUUCUUCUGAGGUAGUUAGCCAGGAGGAGCUAAUCGACUAUGCUCCUGAGGAUAACACCCCAACCAAACAGGUUCUGGAUCCUAGCAAAGAGGGAGGAGAGGUGGGGGAUGAGAUGGAGGAGAAGGUUGAGAUCAGGAGAUCAGGUGACGAAGACCACACUCGGAUCCACCACCUGCUAAGCCGACUCCAGGUCAUUGGAGAAAGCCCUCUCCCCAGGGACUCAACCUCUGACCCUACACCACCACCAUCAGCAUUCUCUGAGCCCUCUGAAUUUGAGCCUCCAGGCCCAUCUCUGUUGAUGGACAUCAGCCCAUUGCUACCAGACCCAGAGCAGAACCUGAAACAGGCCUCGGAGAUGCUUUUCUCAGAGAGUCUCCAGAGAGACCUAUUAGGGCUGUUGGAGUGUACAGAGAUAGGGGCUUCCCAGCCCAGUUCCUCUGACAUCAAGGUUCCUCCUUACAUGGCCCGGAGAGGGGAGAUGGACGCGGUGGUGUCGGUCUCCUACAACCAGGAGGAUGGCGAAGGAUUCUGGGAACACUUUGGGAACGGCUGGCGGCUGCGCAAUAGGGAUGACUCCGUGGAGUCUUUCCCGGAGGACGAGGUCCCAGAGCCCGUAUGGAUAAAGUUAGGGGAGGAGGCUCCGGAGGUAGACUCUGCAGAGAACAGUCAGCGGGGCGCAGAGGACCGCCCAGCCUAUAAAGACGUGCCUGGCCCCUGUGACCCAAAUGACCUCCUGGAUGGGGUCAUAUUUGGGGCCAAGUACCUGGGCUCCACCCAGCUCAAGUCUGACAAGAACCCCUCCACCAACGCUCGAAUGAAACAGGCCCAGGAGGCUGUGGACAGGAUCAAAGCCCCAGAGGGAGAGUCUCAGCCUAUGACCGAGGUGGAUCUCUUCAUCUCCACUCAGCGCAUCAAAGUCCUCAGCGCAGACACACAGGAGGCCAUGAUGGACCAUCCUCUCCAGAUGAUCUCCUACAUCGCAGACAUCGGCAGCACCGUGGUCCUGAUGGCCCGCAGGAAGCCGGCCGGGGGGCGUAAGGGCCAGGAGGGGAACCCUGCUGGGGUCAACUCCCCCGGGCCACAGACAAAGUGCUGCAUGAUCUGCCAUGUGUUCAACUCUGACGAGGCCCAGGUGAUCGCUCAGGCGAUUGGCCAGGCCUUCGGUGUGGCCUACCAGCAGUUCCUCCAAGCCAACGGCAUCAAGGCCAGUGAGCUGAGGCCCAGCGAGUAUAGUGACUACCUGGGGACACAGGAGCACUACAACGGAGACCUGGUACACUUCUCGGAUUCAGAUAACAUCAGAGAGGUGUCCAUCUCCAAGGCUCCCGGGGAGAUAGUGGGGGUGGCUGUGGUGGAGUCGGGCUGGGGCUCCAUCCUGCCCACGGUGGUCGUGGCCAACCUGCUCCACGGUGGUCCUGCAGAACGCUGCGGGGCCCUCAGCAUAGGAGACCGCAUCAUGUCAGUCAAUGGCACUAGCCUGGUGGGCCUCCCCAUAGCCACCUGCCAGAGUAUAAUACGGGAUUUUAAAAAACAAGCAGAGGUGAAGCUCAGUAUCGUUCACUGCCCUCCUGUCACCAUGGCAAUUAUCAAGCGACCGGACCCAAAAUUUCAGUUGGGCUUCAGUGUAGAGGACGGGAUUAUCUGCAGUUUGAUGCGUGGAGGGAUCGCAGAGAGAGGGGGCAUCCGGGUCGGACACCGCAUCAUUGAAAUCAAUGGGCAGAGUGUGGUAGCCACUCCUCACGAGAAGAUCAUCCACAUUUUGACUAACGCAGUCGGGGAGAUUCACUUGAAGACCAUGCCAGCCUCUACAUAUCGCCUUCUAACGGGACAAGAAACGCCAGUAUUUCUCUGAGAGAACGCAGGAGAGAAUGCUGCUGGUGCUCUCAGAAGCAAACAAGGAAGAAUAGCGUUUUGAAGCUAUACACAUGCACACACGCAGCCUCAAAUAGGACUAUGCAAUUGGACUGUAUCACCUGGCUAUUGAUACACCACUGAACAUAAUGGGGUUAUCCACCUGAACAGAAUAUUUGAUGAUGUAUGCUGGAAUAUCAGGAUGAUACAGCAAAUGUUUUGAAAGAUUGAAUUGUUAAUAAAUCCCUGUUUAUAUUUAUGAGAUGUUAAAGCAGAUAACCUCACUUUUCCUAUUGACAAUCUCAGUUAUCUUACUACUAUACUAAUUAUCUUUCUGAACAGGAAAAGCAUGAGUACCUCCAAUGAAUUGCUUCCACCACCAUUCUUUAGUUGCCGAUGUGCCUCAGCUCAGUGGAACUUGAAUUCAUGGAGAGGAGCCUAAUUUAAGAUAGCUGGUCCAUAUCUCUCGUCAUUACGUGCUUCCCACCUCUAGACAAUGUCAUUGAGUAACAUGCACAUCAACAAGCGACUACUACAUCAGUGUUACAUUGUUAUGUAUCUCCGAACAGUGUACUAUUAAUAUGCUGAAAGAUUUUA